AUGUAAAUUGUAAGAAUAAAUGUUAAAGCUCAAACUUCAAGAAAUCGACCACUAAAAUCACCAGAUAAAAAGUUAACAACAACAAUUUAAUUGCCUAACUAUAUUUUUUUAGGUCCUUCUGAAAACAUAAAAAUAGUGAAAUUUUAAAAGACCAUAAUAUCAAGUAAUAUCAAGCUAAUUAAAUCAAAUUCUCCUUAAAAAAUUUAAAACUUAAGCCAUGCUCUAGAAUUUACACUUGCUAAACCUAAACAUUAAAAAACAUAAAGUGUUUAAUUAAGUAAAUAAAAUGUUGAAUAACUUGUUAAUGGCAAUAUCUAGAAUCAUGAGUCAAUUAACUGUAAAUUAUAACCUGAAUGUUUAAUAGGUUAUAGACUCUUAAAUAAUCGUAAAUCUGAAAUGACUCUAGACACUAUAAGUGAUUAUCCAAACACCGCCACUUUAACAGUUCCAGCAUUAAAAAUUGUUGAUAAACUUAGUAAUUUUUGUAUAGCAAACUAAUUCAACCAAUAAAAGAAAAUAACUGGAUAAAUUGAAUUUUCAAAUGGAUAUUUUUAUGAGGGAGAAUUAUUGACUCUUGAUCAAACAGUUAUUAUAGAUGGUAAUGGAACAUUAUUUUUUGAUGGAUCAAAGUUGUUAAUAAUUUAUGAAGGAAGAUGGAAAAAUAAUUUAUUUCAUGGUAAAGGAAAGUAUUACAAUUAAUACUAAGUUGAAUCUUCAAGAGAUUGGCAUUUUAAUUGGAAAAUGAUAUAAGGUAUUAUUUCGUAUUAUAAAUCUAAGGAAUUUUUAACAAAGGUGAAAUUGUACAAUGUUAGAUUGAUUUUUUCUUAAGUGAAGAGAUUUUGUUACAUAAUAUAGAAUACAAAAAAUGA